AUGGGAGGGGCACAAUGGGGUAAUACCCUGAAGAACCCUGCUGAGAAAACUGCACAGGAAGCGCCAACUGCACCAGGCGGCGAUCUUGGAUUCACUGAAAUACCUAAAGAUCUGCCAUCUACCAAAACACCUCAAUUUCACCCGAUACCUAUUAAUAAUAAUUUUUCUGUCCAAGAUAAUGAUUUGAUGUCUACGAAUGACGACAAUCUUCCACCACCAGAGAGCGUUUAUCUAAAUCCUAAACCCGAAUGUUCAUGGAUGCCCGAUUAUCCUCCUCGUACCAUUAGCAACACAAAUUUUUCAAUUACGUCACUAAAAGAUCUGAUUCCUGUGCGCGUGUCGCCAGCGUGGGGCGUGGUGUGCGGGCCGCAGUUCUUCGAGGACCCGACCAAGUUCUUCAAGCCGUUCCAACUGGACCAGGUGCACCGCGGCAGCUACAACAUCACGCCGUGCAUCAAGGAGCUCCUCAACUGCUGGGAGUACAUCAGGGUGGACUACAUGUGUUCCAACCGGUUCAUCCUGGAGUCUCUGUGCGGCGUCAUGUUCAUCGAGUGUGACGAGUUCAAGGGCUGGAACGAGAGUGAGGACCUCUACGUGUGGAGCGAGGCUCUGUCUCCUGACGCGGCCCUGCUCAUACUCAACCUCUGA